AUGCUUCCAAGGUUCUCAAUAUUUCAACAAGAAUACAAUGUGGGUGGACUAAAGACUCCUGUGAUCGAGCACAUGCUGGAAGCAAGGUUAAUGACCAUCUUGAUCAAACUUAUAACUAGAGACAAUUUAUGGUCAAAGUUUGAAAGGAUGGCUGGAAGAAUGGAAAAUCUAUGUGAAGGCUUGGAAAAAAUUAGAAGAAAAGGUGAACACAAGUUCAGACAGGUGGCUAUGGCCUCCGCAAAAAUAAAGAUAGCACAAAUAAAAGGUGAAGAAUAUUUGGUUAAAAAAGCCACAGAUUUUUUAAGAGGCAAAUUUCUGAAGCCAACAUUAACCCUUUUAAACCAAGGAGAGAAUGUUAUGAUGAGUAACUCCUGGAAGUGGCAUG